AUGAGAGGCGAGGAAACAGAUCCGGCCGUGUCGGCAGAGCAGGGCAUCGUAUCCCUGUUCCUUGCCAUUGCUAGUGGCAUCAUGGCAAUCAUCACUGCCACGGAAACGCAUUUGGCAGUGGCUCCCAUCCAGCUUCAUGCCUGUGUAGCCUUGCAUGCCUUGGCUUUCAAGAAUCCCGACAUAGAAACUACCAUUGCUGAUGGAGGUGGCAUCAAGGCAAUCAUCACUGCCAUGGAAAUGCAUUUGGGAUCAGCUGACAUCCAGGAACGUGCAUGUUUUGCAUUGGACACAUUGGCUUCCAGGGGUCCCAACAUACAGAUUUCCAUUGCUGAUGGAGGUGGUAUCAAGGCAAUUGUCGCUGCCAUGGAAAAGAAAAGCAUUCAGCGUGUGCAAAUGUCCAGAAAAUUUCCUCUCAUGCAUUGUACCACUUGUCAGUCAAGAAUCCUGACAUACAAACUUCCAUUGCCAACGCUGGUUUUGUUCGGCAGGUUAGCAUAG